UGGAAUGCACUUCCACUCAUGCACAUAACGUCUGCUGACAACAAACCUGACCUCCUGAGGAAUCUGGUGCCUUUCUUCCCCCCUCCUUACAUCUCAGAGAACUGCAACAAUCAGGUAAACAUGAAGCCCAAGUCUCUUCCAUCCAGGCUGUUUCAGAGAGAUUCACCUGCAACAGCAUCAGGCGAGAGUCCCAGCAGAAGUGCAGCAAAGUACGAGCGGCAUGUGGACUGCGUUGAUCACCCAGAGAUGCUGGAUCCAUCCUUGUCCAACGACGGGCAGCAAACAGGUGACAGCAGCAGGCAACAUGAGAAGUGCCACCGAGAAACACUUUUUGCCUUCCUGCCAGAGAGGUACGAGCCGCUGGUGGAUGAUGAGGCGAAAGCCAAGGCAAAAGAAGAGAAGAAGAAAAAGAAGAAAGAAAACUACAAAAAAGUCAAGAAGAGUCAGUGUGGUUCUGGUUUGGAACGUUGGCAAGGCACUGCGCUCCACAUGGAAGUGUUUGAUGCUUGGUCUCUACAGCUUUGCUCUCGGAUACUCCACUCCCAUCACGGUGGCUGCUACUUUUGUCCCUGACUUUCACCCGAGCAGGAACAGGACCUGAGUCGAGCUCUGUCGAUCUCCUCCACUUUGUUUUCAUACUUAGCUGUAUAUACCAGUAACUCGCAGACUCUUACCAAAGACUUUUAAAAUGUGAAUAAUGACUGUGCAAUUCAGAUUACAUUUUCAAAUUCCAUGCUUUUGCAGAUCUUACAAGAUCUACUGCAUGGUCAUAUUUGCAGAAAUAUGCAAGAUCAUAAAAUCUUAUUAAGUAUUGGGUUAAAUACUGAAAAUACUUAUGUGUCUUUUUUGGUUGGACUUGUUUUUAUAUCAAGUGUCUGCAUGUGUUCAAAGGGAUUAUGUGGGCAUGUGGAAACUAUAGCAGGGCAGCAAUAACAGGAAUAUUCACCGUAGCUGCAGGUGAGGUGAGUCAGGGCAGAGACUUCUUUAAGGGAUUUGCAAGCAGGAAAGACUUAACGAGGAAGCGAUUAUCGGUAAAAUACUGGAAAAGCAAGUAAACAGAAAGGAACUGGCCCAGUCCUUUUCUGGGUGGCACAACGUAGGUGCUUUUUAGUGUACAAAUUCUGCUGUGAAACAAGGACAUUAACUAAAACGGAACAGUAAAUAUUAAAUAAGUAUUUUGUAAACUAGCAGUAAUAGUUUUAAUAGUUAAAAUUUUUGCAAAUUUGUGAGCACAAGUAUGAGGAGGUUUUUCAUUUUGUUUUUUUUUUGGUGGGUGGUGGGGGUCUACAUGACUUUUACGGUCAAAAGCCUUUACAAAAACAGAAACUAAAGCUAACUAAAUAAGAUACAAUUUUUAAAAAAAAAAACUAAAAUAAAAAAAACAAAUUAAAUAAACUAAUAUAAAUUUAAAAAAACCCCAAAAUAUAAUUCUGCUGCCCAAGAUUUAAAGAAUUCUCUGCUUAGAACAAAAUAUUCCGACUUUUAAGAUAUUUUUAAAGAUGUGUGUCGAUUUGAUCAUUUGUAAAUUAAUAAUUAUUCAUGAUGUUUGUAUGUUUGGUUGAAAUAAAGCAUUACUAGGAAUGCA